AUGGCCAAGAAACAAGCACAUCCCGCAUACGUGCUCGGCGUGGGCAUGACCAAAUUUAUCAAGCCACGCGGCAAGGUCGACUACAACGAACUUGGAUAUGAGGCUGGUAUCAAAGCCAUGCUCGAUGCCAAGAUCACCUACGACGAUGUCGAUCAAGGCGUGGCCUGCUACGUUUAUGGUGAUAGCACAUGCGGACAGCGUGUAUUCUACCAAUUUGGUAUCACUGGCAUCCCAAUAUACAAUGUCAACAACAACUGCUCGACUGGUUCUACUGGCCUAGCUAUGGCUCGUACCAUGGUUUCUCACGGUGCAGCCGACUGUGUUCUUGUUGUUGGAUUUGAAAAGAUGAAUCCUGGGAGUUUGCAGUCAGUGUACCAUGAUCGCGCCAAUCCAACUGGUCUAUUUGGUACAAUGAUGUCUAAGACUCGUGGUGUGACAAAGGCCCCUAGCGCAGCGCAGAUGUUUGGAAACGCUGGUCGGGAAUAUAAGGAGAAGUACGGUGCGAAGAACGAGGACUUUGCCGAAAUCGCGCGCAUUAAUCAUGAACACUCCAAGCGCAACCCCUACUCGCAAUUCCAACAAGAAUACACCCUCGAGCAGAUACUUGAGUCACCAAUGAUCCACGACCCACUCACCAAAUUACAGUGCUGCCCUACUUCGGAUGGCGGUGCCGCCGCUGUCAUUGUUUCUCAGGAGUUCCUUGACGCUCGCCCCCACCUGAAAGAUCAAGCUGUAAAAAUUGCCGGGCAGACCCUCGCCUCUGAUACCGAUCAAGUCUACAGCACAAGCGCAAUUGAUCUGAUAGGUCUCGGCAUGUCUCGAUACGCGUGCCGUACUGCCAUUGCCGAGGCCGGUGUCAACAUCAAGGACAUUAAGGUCUGCGAGUUGCACGACUGCUUCUCUGCCAAUGAGAUGAUCACCAUCGAUGCCCUUGAGCUAUGCGAGCCUGGUAAAGCACACGAGAUGGUUCGUAAUGGUGAUAUCACAUAUGGUGGAAAGAUGGUAAUCAACCCUUCUGGCGGUCUCAUUUCCAAGGGCCACCCACUCGGCGCAACCGGUAUUGCCCAGUGUGCUGAGCUGGUCUGGCACUUGCGCGGCUGGGCAAACAACCGCUUUGUUUCUGGUACUGAUACUGCUCUUCAGCACAACCUCGGUCUAGGUGGCGCUGUUGUCGUGACUGUAUACAAACGUGCUGAUGGUAAUGUCUCUACCGCUGUUCCUUCAGAUGUUGUUGCCAAAAUCUCCGGUUUUGGAUACAACCCUGCCGUCGAGGCUCGGGGAUUUACCGCUGAGCAGGCCAAGUCGGUCGUAAGUCAGACGCACAGCAGUAAAUUUGCGGUUGCCAACACAGAGGAACGCGUGCUUUCCCGCUUCUGA